UCUCCACCACAGAAUAUCUGAAAAUUUCAUGUCAGUCACCCCUAAGAAAAUACCAGCCACUGUUCCUGUAGCGCUUUGGACUGCAAUUUAUGAUUGCGGAAAAGAAAUGGGAUGAACCUGUAGCGCUUUGACUCUGAGUGGUUCGGUUUCUGGUGUGUCUCCGUCUUAUCUAAUUUCCAUUGCUUUUCUUUAUGCAAUGGGCCUAAUGCAAACUUGUAAUAUACCGUCUAGGCUUUAGUAGAUUGCGGCUUCAAAGACACUCCGCACGCAAACCCUAGAAGCGCCAUUUUAGCUAUUUUCAAGCUUCGAGCUCUAUCUUAAGGACUUUGUUUCUCUCGUCGUGAAUCUCCGGAACAGGCAAGCUUCGUCUACAUUUCACUACUCACCUACUUGCAAAAGUAGAAAUAAAAAUUUAUAGCUUUUUCGUCGAAAACAAUUGAUACUUACCGGCACACCGCGAACCCUAAUAAUUGAACUUGGAUACUGGAAUGUUUUACUUAUUUAGGAUUAGGGUAUCGCAGAUGAGUGAUCGAGUAUUUAUUUCUCCGCAAUAUAGUUGCGACAAAGCUUUGUUGAGCUGAGAGGAUGCGAAACGCGCAAAAGUUCAUGUGGUUUUCACAAGGUAUAGAGAGCUAUAUUCUAUUUGUUUGUGUUUAUAAUGAGACACAAUCACAAAAUGGGACAAGAUUUGCCGGAUGUAUCCAACGACGAGCCCAUACACGCGGAAGUCGAGCAUUAAGAACAACCUCUCCUGGAGGAAAACCAAAUUCCAGUUGAAAUUGAAAAUGGGCAUUCCGUUGACGAUAAGAAUCUUGACUUGCCUGCAGAGGUCCAUUUAAGCGGUGAUGAAGGUUUGAUUCAACCUGUUCCUGGACCCACCCCUGGUGCAAUCACCAAUGCUGAUGCCAAUGGACUCCCUGAAAAUAAAAGCGACGCGGGGGACACAGACCCCGGCAAUCCGAUGGAAGCUGCUACCCCCACUGAGGGAUGCUCGGACGUAAAAACUGAAGAGGAGAACGCGGACGAAUAUAAGAAUACGGUGGACAGAGAAGAGGGACUUCCGCCUGAAGAAAAUGGUUUUAAGGGGGCAGUGUCAAAACAAGAGGCAUUGGUGGCAGCAGAAGAAUAUCAUAUUAAUAAGGAGGGUUCAAACUGGUCAUUUCCUGUGGACAGACAAGUGGCUGUCGGUGAUGAAUCGGGAACUGAGGAGGAGCAAGCUGCGUUCAUGAAGGAACUUGAGAAUUUCUUCAGGGAGAGGAAUGUGGAGUUCAAGCCUCCAAAGUUUUAUGGGGAAGGACUGAACUGCCUCAAGUUACUUCUCAUUUUUCUUUUUUUUUUUCAAGUAAUGCUUUUUCAAUGAGCUCUUUUCAGUCUGGGUUAAUUCUCUUCAGCUUGUUUUGGAUUAAGAUUAUGGAGAGCUGUGAACAGAUUGGGUGGUUACGACCAGGUUACUACAAGCAAAUUGUGGCGGCAAGUGGGAGAGUACUUCAAGCCCCCCUAAGUAAGGAAAAUGUGACUCCUUUUGGAUUGAUGAGUUGCCCCUAAAGAAAUGUAGAUUGAGUCUUGUAGUGCACCAAGUUCCUCAGACCUAUGGUAUUUGCCAAAGGAUUGGUAAUAUUAACCUUCCAAGUUGUACAGAGUGACAAGCUCAGGUCUAUGAAUUUAGAAACCCAUGUUAGUUAGCUGUCUAGGUAAUAAGGACCACAUGAGGCUGAUGAAGUCUUGUCAGAUAUGUUCGGGAAAAUGCUUAUUAUAGUUGGUUGUAUUUCUCAUUUGACAUGCACUACUGUCUCUUGGUCAUUCCGAUGCUUUUAUGAAAAGGUGAUGUUGGGAGGGACGAAGGCUGAAAUUUUGAUUUUGACCUGAAUGCACUUCUUGACUAUGAAAGGCAUAAAAUGCACGGUGGUGAACUCCAUGUUCCUGUUGUUUCAAUUGAGCCUAGUGAAAAUCAGGGGGGUGAUAAUCAAGCACCAGGAUCAGGUAGGGCACGGAGAGAUGCUGCAGCUCGUGCCAUACAAGGUUGGCAUUCCCGGCGUCUUCUUGGUAAUGGGGAAGUUGGUGACCCAAUUAUUAAGGACAAGAGCUCCAUUGCUAUGCAAAAGCGUGAAAAACAGCUUAGAAGUGUUGGUCUACUCAAACGUAAAAAAACAUCUAGCUUGGAGCGUGUGGUCAAGGCCGUUCGAACUAAAACUACAAAGCCACAUAUGGACACAAUGGUUGUCGAUGUUGGACCCUCAGCUGAUUGGGUGAAGAUCAAUGUGCGGAAAACUAAAGAUUGUUUUGAGGUCUAUGCUUUAGUUCCUUGGCUCUUGCGUGAGGAGGUACAUGUUCAGUCAGAUCUAGCUGGACGUUUGGUUAUAUCUGGUGAGUCAGAGCAGCUUGAUAACCCAUGGGGUGUCACACCAUUCAAAAAGGUUUGUUUUUAUCUUUUUUAAGGGUAUUGAGGAAAUUAAGUGUCAACAGGAUAUGCCAAAUGAUUAAUGUAGAUGGUAAACAUCAAGUCAAAGGUGUGUUUUAUGGUUUUCUUUGUUAACCAUCUGGUUCUAGGAUGAGAAAUCCUAUUUUGUAUGUUUGGCUAUGUUGGUGGUGGUUUUGGGACCACCAAUCAUGGUUCCAGGACCAGCAAAGUCCCCUUAAUUUUUGAACAUGCUAAUUUAUCAUGUUCAAACACAGACAAAAUGGUUUACUGUUGAAAGUAUUAUGGGCCCGUGCGUAGGAUCUCGUCACGGGUCGGACCACGGGGAGAACCUCUUGCUUCCCCUUG